GACACGAACCUGUAUAACAUGUUAAUGCUUGUCGGUGAGCCAGCCCUCAAAUUGCCUUUUGUCUUCCUCCCUGAUGGACCUAAAAUAAUUUGAUAAGCCGACAGCAGACGGUAAAACCCGUUUUCUGCUCACAGGACGUCUUUUUUUAAUUUUUAUGGCGGCUAAAAUGUUGUGUUGUUAGCUUCGCGGCUAGCUAGGAAGCUAACAUGCCAAGCACGGAGGAUGAGGAAACGAGUCCGCUCGUCGACGUCUCCUCGCCGGGGGAGAGAGCUCCGAACACCGCGCUGAGGAGGCUGCUAGAAUUUAAAGUUUACAAGAAAAGGUGGUUCGUCUUGUCGCUGCUUUGCCUGUUGAACUGCUCCAACGCCAUGCUAUGGCUGACCUUUGCACCAGUAGCAGACCUGUCUGCCCAGACCCUGAAUGUCUCCUUAAAUGCGAUCAACUGGUUAUCAGUGGUCUACAUAGUGGUGGCCAUUCCACUCAGCUUCGGGGCCACGUGGAUGCUGGACAUCGUCGGACUGCGGGCCACAAUCCUCCUGGGCUCCUGGUUAAAUAUGGGUGGGGCGGUGAUUCGCAUUUUGUGGUGUGUGCCGGAAAAGACCAACUUUCCGGGUCAGAUCUCCUACCCGCUGGUGUUUUUCGGUCAGACGCUGGCAGCGGUGGCGCAGCCGCUCAUCAUCUUCACGCCCACCAAGAUGGCGGCGUUGUGGUUCCCCGAUCACCAGCGAGCCACGGCCAACAUGAUGGCCUCCAUGGCCAACCCGCUGGGCAUCCUCAUCGCCAACAUCGCGUCUCCCAAGAUCGCUCGCACGCCAGAACAACUCCCACUUUUGCUGUUGGUCUAUGCUGUUAUUGCCUGCGUCACCUGUUUCCUGGUCACGGUGUUUAUGCGGCGCAGUGCCCCCCCGACGCCGCCAUCGGCCAGCGCAGAACAUUCCACCUCGGAACCCUUCAGAAAUGGCUUCAAACUGCUGCUGAGGAACCGAGCGUACUUGCUGCUGCUGCUGUGCUUUGGCUCGGGCGUGGCCGUGUUCACCUGCUUCUCCACGCUGCUGGACCAGAUCCUGUGUGUGCAGGGCUACACCAACGAUUUUGCGGGUCUGUGCGGCGCGCUCUUCAUCGCGUUUGGCAUCGUGGGCGCCGCCCUGCUGGGGCUUUACGUUGACAAAACCAAGAAGUUCAUGGAGGCCAUCAAAGUCAACAUGAGCCUCUCUGCCAUGGUGGCCUGCGCCUUCACUGUGGUGUGUCUGAUGCAAGAUCAGAAGGUGGCCGUGGCGAUUGUUUGCGCUCUUUUUGGCUUCUUCGGUUUCUCCAUCUACCCGGCCGUGAUGGAGUUGACUGUGGAAUGUUCCUACCCUGUGGGAGAAGCCACCUCCACCGGACUGGUCUUCAUAUCAGGACAAGUUCAGUCGCUGAUUUACAUCAUCCUUCUUCAAGCUUUGGCAACACCCAUCGCAGAGUCGCCUCGCUCAACCUGCAAGCUCGCCCCUCAGAGCUGGAAAGUUCCUGUGAUGCUGCUGUCCACACUGAGCGCCGUGUCCUCCUGCAUCUUCCUCAUCUUCUUCCACACGCCAUACAGGCGCCUGGAGGCCGAAAAAGCCGCCAUCUAUGGGACCGGAACCGCCGCCAGCGAGAACGAAGUGAUCCGACCGAGUAACGUUCUCAUAACAAAAUAACCAAGAAGCAUUUUGUCCUUUAUUAUGUUUGUUUUUUUUAACUCGUGCCAAAGAGGAAGUAACCACUUUUAUGGAGGUUCAUUUGUAUCUUUAUUACGAAAGUUAAAGGGGAACAUUAUCACCAGACCUAUGUAAGCGUCAAUAUAUACCUUGAUGUUGCAGAAAAAAGACCAUAUAUUUUUUUAACCGAUUUCCGAACUCUAAAUGGGUGAAUUUUGGCGAAAUAAACGCCUUUCUAAUAUUCGCUCUCGGAGCGAUGACGUCACAACGUGGCGUCACAUCGGGAAGCAAUCCGCCAUUUUCUCAAACACCGAGUCAAAUCAGCUCUGUUAUUUUCCGUUUUUUCGACUGUUUUCCGUACCUUGGAGACAUCAUGCCUCGUCGGUGUGUUGUCGGAGGGUGUAACAACACGAACAGGGACGGAUUCAAGUUGCACCAGUGGCCCAAAGAUGCGAAAGUGGCAAGAAAUUGGACGUUUGUUCCGCACACUUUACCAACGAAAGCUAUGCUACGACAGAGAUGGCAAGAAUGUGUGGAUAUCCUGCGACACUCAAAGCAGAUGCAUUUCCAACGAUAAAGUCAAAGAAAUCUGCUGCCAGACCCCCAUUGAAUCUGCCGGAGUGUGUGAGCAAUUCAGGGACAAAGGACCUCGGUAGCACGGCAAGCAAUGGCGGCAGUUUGUUCCCGCAGACGAGCGAGCUAAACCCCCUAUCGAUCCUAGCUUCCCUGGCCUGCUGACAUCAACUCCAAAACUGGACAGAUCAGCUUUCAGGAAAAGAGCGGGGAUGAGCGUAUGUCUACAGAAUAUAUUAAUUGAUGAAAACUGGGCUGUCUGCACUCUCAAAGUGCAUGUUGUUGCCAAAUGUAUUUCAUAUGCUGUAAACCUAGUUCAUAGUUGUUAGUUUCCUUUAAUGCCAAACAAACACAUACCAAUCGUUGGUUAGAAGGCGAUCGCCAAAUUCGUCCUCGCUUUCUCCCGUGUCGCUGGCUGUCGUGUCGUUUUUGUCGGUUUCGCUUGCAUACGGUUCAAACCGAUAUGGCUCAAUAGCUUCAGUUUCUUCUUCAAUUUCGUUUUCGCUACCUGCCUCCACACUACAACCAUCCGUUUCAAUACAUGCGUAAUCUGUUGAGUCGCUUAAGCCGCUGAAAUCCGAGUCUGAAUCCGAGCUAAUGUCGCUAUAGCUUGCUGUUCUUUCCGCCAUGUUUGUUUGUGUUGGCUUCACUAUGUGACGUCACAGGAAAAUGGACGGGUGUGUAUAUAACGAUGGUUAAAAUCAGGCACUUUGAAGCUUUUUUUAGGGAUAUUGCGUGAUGGGUAAAAUUUUGAAAAACAAGCCACUGGGAACUGAUUUUUAAUGGUUUUAACCCUUCUGAAAUUGUGAUAAUGUUCCCCUUUAAAGUUUUUGUACAUCAAAGUAUGCUGACAGAUGAGUACCGUUGAUUUAAAAUAUGACUCAAGUAAAAAGUAGUCAUCAAAACAAUUACUUGAGUAAGUUAAAUAAGUAUUGUGUGAUAAAACUACUCAAGUAUUUAGUAACUUACGCGUAACUUCUGAUUUACUCAAUAGCUAUUUUUGUAAUGGUUCUUGGACUACAAUUGUAGUUGGUAGGGGUGUGGGAAAAAAUGGAUUCGAAUUCAAAUCGCGAUUCUCACGUUGUGCGAUUCAGAAUCGAUUCUCAUUUUUUUUAAAUCGAUUUUUUUUUUUAAUGUAUUUUUAUUAUUUUUUUAAUUAAUCAAUCCAACAAAACAAUACACAGCAAUACCAUAACAAUGCAAUCCAAUUCCAAAACCAAACCCGACCCAGCAACACUCAGAACUGCAAAAAACAGAGCAAUCGAGAGGAGACACAAACACGACAGAGAACGAAACAAAAAUGAAUAUUAUCAACAACAGUAUCAAUAUUAGUUACAAUUUCAAUGACAUUAUUAUUAGACAUUUAUAAAAAAAAAAAGAACAAUAGUGUCACAGUGGCUUACACUUGCAUCACAUCUCUUAAGCUUGACAACACACUGUGUCCAAUAUUUUCACAAAGAUAAAUUAAGUCAUAUUUUUGGUUCAUUUAAUAGUCGAAACAAAUUUACAUUAUUGCAAUCAGUUGAUAAAACAUUGUCCUUUACAAUUAUAAAAGCUUUUUACAAAAAUCUACUACCGGUACUCUGCUUGCAUGUCAGCAGACUGGGGUAGAUCCUGCUGAAAUCAUAUGUAUUGAAAGAAGAGAGAAUCCUUUUGAAUCGAGAAAAAAUCGUUUUUGAAUCAAGAAUCGUGUUGAAUUGGAAAAAAAACAAAAAACGAUUUUAAAUCGAAUCGUGACCCCAAGAAUCGAUAUUGAAUCGAAUCGUGGGACACCCAAAGAUUCACAGCCCUAGUAGUUGGUGUGUGUGUAAAAUAUAAAAAUGACAGUUUAUUGCAACAUGUUUUCUCCAGUUGGAAGUGGAAUUCUUUUAGGCUGAAAUGUGAACAUUUCUACUGACACACAUGACAGCACAUGAUAUAAAUGCUCUUUUUACUAGUUUGAAAGUAAUAAUUGAGGAUUUUUGCUGCAUUGUCUGACAUCAUGUCACUUUUUACAGUCAGUUUGUUUCUAUCUACUAAGUUAGAAGAAACUGAAUUAUUAAAAAAAUCAGACUAUUUUCACACCAGCAUGUGGAGUUGGAAUUUCCAUGAUCUUACCUCUAAUGCAGGCCUGGGCAAUUAUUUUGACUCAGGGGCCAAAUUUAUAGAAAAAAAUGUGUCUGGGGGCUGUCGGAGGCAGAUAUUUACAUAUAUCCGUAUUUAAGUGUUACUUCUUUACUUUCAUAAUCAUAUUACAAAACAGCUAGUGUUCUUCUUCCAAUUGUGGUCUUUUGGUUGUCUGCAAAUACUGUGUGCUAACCUUGACUUUGGAAUGUAAGGAGGAGAGAUACUCCUUUUCCUUAUCUGUUCCUGUGUCCAGCUGAGGAGGACAAUGGGCAUGUGUUUGGGCGAGAAAGAGAGACAAGACAACGAGGGUGGGAGGGAGAGACACUUUAUAGAAGAGAAGGUUUCCAUAUUUUAGAGCAGACCAUCUUAGCUGCGCGAUUGAAUGUUCUAUGCUGGACUGGUCUCAUUAUAUUUCCAAAGCUUUGGAGAUAAAAUGACAAAAUACCUAUUCUGUCUCUGGUGGUUCUUCUACUCAGCUUUAAGUGUCAUAGAAAGAGCUUGGGAGCGACCAGCAACUUGAAUUCCCUGGGAGGAACAACUGGUCCAAACGCAACAGGGCCGGUAUCUCUACAAAACCUCACAAUAAUGUCUGAUUGAAUGCUAAAAACUAUAUGACAGACCACCUUAAAUGGCAUUUAAUUUUUUUUUUACUGAAUAAGACAUCCAGAAUGUACAUGAAAAUAAAGAAUGUGGGAUUUACAAUAUUAACUAUGACCAAUAAAACACUGAAUAUUGACAACACAUGAACGUCUCCAUCGACAUAUUUUACAAUCUAGCAAAACACAACAAAAAUGCAACAAACUCAGCAAAAAAACAAAAAAAAAACCCACCUACAAUCUGAUACAUCUGAGAUAUCACUAAGCUUUAAAACUUUGUUGUGAAAAUCUCCACGCUGCUUGAUGCCUUGUCUGAGCUGCUGUGACUUAGAUUACCAUAGUAACUAAUUAGAUGACCAUAGUAACUAAUUAGAUUACCAUAGUAACUAAUUAGAUGACCAUAGUAACUAAUUAGAUUACCAUAAUAACUGGUAUAUCAUGCAAAAGCGCAGAUUCCAAGCAUUGAAAUACUUUGUACAGUUGAAGACUUACGGUCAUUAGAAAACAUGACUGCACAUCAUAAUGGCAGCUACACUUUCCAUCUUAAAGAUCUAAAAAAAAAAUGAUUUGAGAAUGUCCGGUGGGCCAGAAUGAAAAACUUAACGGGCCGCAUGUGACCCCCGGACCUUAAUUUGCCCAUAACUGCUCUUAAUGUGACUGAUGGUCAUACGCAGUGUGCCUCUCGUACACUAGGGGGCGAUGGUGGUCAUUUCAGCUUGUUAGAUGCUACAUACUAAUAAGGUAGCGCUAGUAACAUUCAAGCUCUGGAUCUAACAGAUAACUAGUGUGGGUGGGUGGAUUAUAUUUAUAUAGCGCUUUUCUCUAGUGACUCAAAGCGCUUUUUCAUAGUGAAACCCAAUAUCUAAGUUACAUUUAAACCAGUGUGGGUGGCACUGGGAGCAGGUGGGUAAAGUGUCUUGCCCAAGGACACAACGGCAGUGACUAGGAUGGCGAGAGCGGGGUUCGAACCUGGAACUCUCAAGUUGCUGGCGAGCUAUACCGCCAUACACAUUUCCACUGCCAUUUGGUGUUGUUGGUCAUGUUUUUCUGUGUUUCAAUGACACUUGUGGAUAUUAGAAUCAUCAGAGACAUGCAAAAAGAUGGCUAUUUUAGUCAAAUGUUCGUUAAAUUGUCUUCUUUUGGGAACAUUCUGACACUUUUAAACAAGUAGGUUUCUAUAACACCGGCCAGUGUUAAUUUGGACAGAAGUUUUUAAUUUAGUUUUGGUGUCUUUUGACAAAAAGGUAUCUCAGUUUUAGUCAUGUAAAACUAAUGUAGUUUUUAGUCGACAAAAUUCCUCAACAUUUUAGUCAACUAAUUACUUACAGUAAAUGUUGUGUUUUAGUAGUUGGAGCUCGGAUUGGAUCCUCGCCGUGAGGCUCCGUUUGAUUGGUGGAAUGACGUCACGACGUCACCAACGCUCGCGUUGGAUUGGCGGAACAGAGUCACGUGACAAUGCCAACCGGAAAAAGGCUCGCUGACAAAAUGAAUUUGUCUUUUUAAGUCUUAAUGGGUUAUAAUUAGAG